GCUUUCCGUUGGCGCAGAGCCUUGACGACAGCUUCUACUGUCAGACCUUCGUUACCACUCUCCCCUUUUUGGUCGGUUUACCACCACGGUUGAAGCUAUGUUAUCGCAUUCCCGAUGUCUUUCCCGGACACUCGGGCGGUCUCUGUCUGCGUUAAGUCAGGGGAAUAAUGUGCUGGCUGGAAGGACUGCUUCAGGCCUAUCCGUUGGCAACAGGGUUGUCUACAGGAACAGUCAGUCUAGAUUUGAGUCUCCGUCAUCAGUUGGUGUCUUCCACAUCAGAUACUUCAAGACGUCUGCAGCACACAGGGAUGAAGUUGUCACCGUCAACACCCCUCCGUUCUCUGAGUCGAUCACAGAAGGGGACGUCAGGUGGGAGAAAGCUGUUGGAGAUUCAGUGAAAGAGGAUGAGGUGGUGUGUGAGAUCGAGACUGACAAGACCUCGUUGCAGGUGCCGUCUCCAGCGGCCGGUGUGAUCACGGAGCUGCUCGUGCCAGAUGGAGGGCGAGUGGAGGCCGGGAAUCCCCUCUUCAAACUCAAAAAAGGAGCUGCAGCAGCCGCUUCUGUCCCUGCAGCAGAGGCCCCUGUAGCUGAGGCCCCUGCAGCAGCCGCUGCUCCAACCCCGGCGGCCAUCCCUGUCGCCAUGCCCGCGGUGCCUCCCGUGCCAACACAAGCAGCCCAAGCCAAACCUGUUUCUGCAGUCAAGCCCAGCGCACCAGCAGAACCAGCAGCCCAUGGGGCCAGGACAGAGAGCAGGGUCAAGAUGAAUCGUAUGAGGCUGAGGAUCGCUCAGAGGCUAAAAGAGGCUCAGCAGACUUGUGCCAUGCUCACCACCUUCAACGAGAUAGACAUGAGCAACAUCCAGGAGAUGAGGAAGCUCCAUAAAGAUGCUUUCCUGAAACGACACAACAUCAAGCUGGGUUUCAUGUCGGCCUUCGUUAAGGCUUCAGCACACGCUCUCAUGGACCAGCCUUCUGUCAAUGGAGUGAUUGACGAUACAACCAAAGAGAUUGUGUACAGGGAUUAUGUUGACAUCAGUGUGGCUGUGGCUACUCCCAAGGGACUGGUUGUACCGGUUAUUCGCAACGUAGAGACCAUGAACUUUGCUGACAUUGAGAAAACCAUCAACGGUCUGGGAGAGAAGGCUCGUAAUAAUCUGCUGGCUGUGGAGGACAUGGACGGAGGAACCUUCACCAUCAGUAACGGAGGAGUUUUCGGUUCCAUGUUCGGCACGCCUAUCAUCAACCCGCCCCAGUCAGCCAUCUUGGGCAUGCACGGUAUCUUCGACAGGCCUGUGGCCAUCGGCGGCAAGGUGGAGAUCCGACCCAUGAUGUACGUGGCUCUGACCUACGACCAUCGGCUGGUCGACGGCAGAGAGGCCGUCACCUUCCUGCGUAAGAUCAAGUCUGUGGUGGAGGAUCCCCGUGUUCUACUGCUCGACAUGUGAUCCCAACCUCCCAUCACUACUGCAGGGCCACGAUCAGUACACAGGACUGUUGCCUGACAUUAUAGAGGGUUAUGCUAUAAACGCAGAAUCAGAGUUAGCCAGCUAACUUUGAUCAACAACCACAAAUAACUAGUUAUUGAUCUGGUUCAUUAAGAAAGCGUAACUUAGAUUUGCAUUUAUUUUUUUGGGUUGUUCGGUCAAUUUUGACCAUGCUCAUGUCAAGGUUAUCUUCUCCCCCCCCCCAAAAAAAUGUAAAAAGUUAUUUCUGAAUAUUUAGGUAAGUUAGCUGGCUCUCGUUGACCCUGCUUUGUAGUAUAACCCUCAGAUAGCAGUGUUGUGAAUAGAGCAGACUUGAUUCCUUCUUAUACCCUUGGGAGGGGUGUUGUUUCAACAUAAUGCCUCAAAACGUUGUGCCCUGCUGAACACACCCCAAAGCUAUUUAAACAUCACUCAGCCUCUGUAUAAAACCAACCCAUCCCACCCCCCCAAAACAAACACAAGCGACAGCCAAAUCUUGUCAUGUACUGCUUUUGGUUAAAGAGAGAGAACCUGAGUCCCUGAUCUGGUUGUGGUGUUUUGUCAAGAAAGGACAAAACACAUAUGGGAAUCACGCAAACAGAGAAUUUAAUGUUGAGAUUAUUCACUUUAUUAUUGGGUGGUGUCAUUCUGCAGCUUUGGUUCAGAUUGAUUCAACGGUUGGUCAACAUCAUACAGUGUUACCACUGACUGACUGAACCUACCAGGUCUGAUCUGUCUCAGUAUCUGACUGACUGAACCUACCAGGUCUGUUCUCUCUCAAUGUUAUACUGACUGACUGAACCUACCAGGUCUGAUCUGUCUCAAUGUUAUACUGACUGACUGAACCUACCAGGUCUGAUCUGUCUCAAUGUUAGACUGACUGAACCUACCAGGUCUGAUCUGUCUCAGUAUCUGACUGACUGAACCUACCAGGUCUGAUCUGUCUCAAUGUUAGACUGACUGAACCUACCAGGUCUGAUCUGUCUCAAUGUUAGACUGACUGAACCUACCAGGUCUGAUCUGUCUCAACGUUAGACUGACUGAACCUACCAGGUCUGAUCUGUCUCAAUGUUAGACUGACUGAACCUACCAGGUCUGAUCUGACUCAAUAUUAGACUGACUGACUGAACCUACCAGGUCUGUUCUGUCUCAAUGUUAUACUGACUGAACCUACCAGGUCUGAUCUGUCUCAAUGUUAUACUGACUGAACCUACCAGGUCUGAUAUGUCUCAAUGUUAGACUGACUGAACCUACCAGGUCUGAUAUGUCUCAAUGUUAGACUGACUGACUGAACCUACCAGGUCUGUUCUGUCUCAAUAUUAGACCUGUACAUUCAAGGCACUUACAUUGCUGUCUAGAAGGAACGUGGAAGUCAGCAUCUCAUAAGACAGUGAACUGUACCAUGUGUAUCCAGUAUAUACGACUAAUAGACGUGAACUUUGAAAAGAAACGGACACAUUUUAUUUUUCUUCAAAGCAUCAUGUGAAUUUUGUGUAUUUUUCUUUUUCUUUAAACACCGUGAUUUUCAUUGAGCUGUACAUGUAAUCUAUCUGUGCUCGUGAUUUAAAGCCAAUACAUGUUUUUAUAACGCUACCCUAAAGAAGUGCUCGGUCGGACAAGAUGAAGUCCAUUCUGAAGCUCCUGUGCUGUUUGUCUAUCCCGGUUCUGUGUUUUUGACAGAGCUAUUCAUGGGGGAUGCAGAAGCCUGUCUCCCCUGUACGUCUAGUCUCUUGGCUUCCUACUGUUGCAGUAACUUCUGCUUAUUUUGGGGUGACUGUCCCACUGAGCAGCAUUGGAAUCUCAUGGAAACUACCACACGCAUUGGAGUGUCCAUAAUGGCAUCCUAUUUCGUUUAUAUAGUGCACUACAAAAGUAGAGCACUAUAUACGGAUUAGGGUGCCGUUUCAGAUACAGAUAUUGUCUUUGAGCUUUUGGUAGAGAAGGGAAUAACCACUUUCCGUCGUGUGUCUCUCUAGAUGGACUUCUGUCUGUCCGCGAGAAGGUACCAUGCUGUAGAACACCCGGACGCUAGUUUGGUUCGGGACUUACACAACACCGUUUUGGGGGAGUAGUUUUCAAAGGAGCACAAUUUAUCAGCAUGCACAAUGUAUUUCUCAUGAUAACCUCUUCUUUGUGGAACCCACCCAGGUAAAGGACCUGUCUGUGCUGUAUACGGUGCUUUAUAACUAUUUAAAACCAACUAUUGUAGGUAGCAACGCGUAAUAACGCCACGUCAUAUAGCAUUUAUGAUGGGUUUAGUAAAUAGUUUAUUGAAUCAUUACUCCGUUCAUAAAAUGUUUUAAUAUAGGUCAUUUAUAAACCAUUUAGUUAAGUCAUUACUUUAGGGUAUUUUUUGCUUGAACCUCAUCUAAAGUGUGGGUUAUUUAUAAAAAAAUAUAAAUAUGUAUUAUUUUGUGAGGGUUUAGACUUUACAAACCGGGAACUCCCAGAACUAAAUCUACUGACAAGAUGAUGCAAGGUUUCAGUUCUGGGUUAAUUGAGAUAAGACUGCUCUUAAGGCAUGACUGCAAACCACACUUUGCUUUUGGUAGAAAGGUCACUGCCAAGAAACGCUAAUCUUCAAAUCAUCCUCUGUGUUGUGGGUUUAUUGUUUUAACCAUUGAUAAAGUUUGAGGGAACAUUUAGAGACCUUAGGGAGCAUCAGAUACUCCUGGAAUGUCUACCAUUGACCAUGUCCAUCUUUUGGUGAGGAAAUUACACUGGUCACUCAAAACAUUUAUAAAAUGAAUUAUAAAGUAUAAAUAGACAACUUUUGAUUAGGUCAUGCAAAAAUACUUUACUAAUGAUUAGUAGAUUGUUUAGAAGGACGUUAUUUAAUACUUUAAAAGUUGUUUUAUAAAUGUGUGAAAAACUAGGUUACUAACAUUUUUUUUUUUUUACAAAUGUGAGUAAUGAUGAAUAAAUGAUUUACUAAUCCAUUAUAAAAAUGCUUUUAUGUAGAGUUAUUAUAGAGUGCUACCCAACAUUAAAACAUCUUUGUUUAAAUUUA